AUGGCUUACACUCGUCCACGCAAUUGUCACUUUUGCCCCCGGGUUCAACCACACGAAACUUCUGCUCAGCCUGGCCCCGGCCGUUGUUGUGCCCUCAUCGUCUUCUUGACCGGUACGCUCAACGCCCCUCUUGCUUCAACAACAAUUACGGCGUGUUGUAAACUUUCUUAUAAACAGCCCAUUCUUUUCCUGAAGUACCCAGAUUUGAGCGUGUAUUUGACGCGACGAAAGCUGCCAUUGACGGCGGACGAGGGGCCAAUAGAGCCGCCGCAGUUGAUGCUAGAUCUGAUAGACCCGAUUCUCGCUUGGCGGGAUCCUUUGAAGCUUGUGCUUGUUGACGGCGACGGCGCGGCCGGCGACCCGGCCAGUCUCGGGGUGGCCGUCCUCGUCGCCGCGGCAGCCACGUCCAACGGUAAUCCCCCUUCCUCUUUGCACCAUGGAAUAUUCAGUGGCUGA